CAUCCGCGUCGUGCGCGUUGCGUCCUGGCCCGUGGAGUGAUUACGGGUUCGGAUAAUAUAAAGACAACAUGAACCAGAGCGGCACCGGCAGCGGCAUCUUCAGCGUGACCGGCGCCGGGGAGAACUUCCGGCCGGCCUGCAAGAAGUGCGGCUACCCGGGCCACCUGACGUUCCAGUGCCGCAACUUCAUCCAGGUCACCUCCGCCCAGGACUGCGUGUUGGACGUCAGCUCUACCAGUUCGGAUGAGUCGGACGACGAGACGCCGCUGAAACUUCUAAACAAAGAGGAGCUGGAGAAGCUGAGGAAGCGGCACAAGAAGAAAAAGAAGAAGAAGGAAAAGAAAAAGAAAGAAAAAAAGAAGAAAAAGGAAGCGCAGUCAUCGGAUUCUGAUUCAGAUGAGGAUCGUAAGAAGCGGCAUAAAAAGAAACAAAGGUCUGGCUCGACAGAAUCUGACUCUGACGAGGCUUCCCGAAAGAAGCGGAGGGUAAAAGAUGGCUCGAAAGGUCGCCACGACGCGAGCCCCGCGCCGCGCUCUGCCGACAGCCACCAGCGACACAGAGGGCAUCACGAUCGCCGCUCCGCCUCGCCGACAGAUGGCAGGACCUCCGAGCGGGGGUCGCGGCUGGGCGCCCCCAGCCGGCGCUCGCCGGUGACGGAGCGGGUCGGUGGAGCGGCCGACCACCGGCCGCGGUCCGACCACAGGGGACGGCCCAGGUCUGGCAGCCGCGGGAGAGAGGCGAAGGGGAGACGCUCGAGGUCUGUGAGUGGUGGACGGCGAGGACAUCGGAGACCGUCGAGGUCAGGAAGCCGCGGCAAAGAUAUGAAGAAGAGGCGGUCUAGGUCUGCGAGUGGCGGGAAACCAGCGGACAGGAGACGACCGAGGUCUCGGAGUCGCGACAGAGACGCGAAGAGGGGGCGCUCAAGAUCGGGCAGUGGCGGAAGACAUCGGGCAGUGGCGAAGAGACGUUCGGGGUCGAGAAGUCGAGGUGGAGAUGUGAGAAAACGGCGUUCAAGAUCGGUAAGCAACAGGAGAGAGGACAUUAAGGGACGCUCACGAUCCAGGAGUCGUGAAAGAGAAGCUAGGAAAAUACCUUCAGGGGUCGCGAGCGGCGGGGACGCACGCAGGAGGCGGUCGAGAUCCAGGAGUGGCGGCGGUGACAUGCGAAAGAGACGCUCGAGAUCCAGGGGUCGUGGCGAAGACGUGCGAAAGAGACGCUCGAGAUCCAGGAGUCGUGGCGAAGACGUGCGAAAGAGACGCUCGAGAUCCAGGAGUCGUGACGGAAAUGUGCGAAGGAGACGCUCGAGAUCCGUCAGUGGUGCGAGACGAGACGACGCUGGACACGCUGGGUCAAGGUCGGGAGACCGCGGUCGAGGUGGGCACCAGGGUGACUCCGCUGCCAGAGGUGGCGGUCAUGGUGAUCGGAGGAGCCCCUCAACUGACAGCUCGAGCUCAAGUGCAAGUUCCAGCUCGUGAGCUAGCCAUCGUGAACACUAAAUGGUGGCUGGUGUCAUUUGUCUGUCACUUGAGGGCUGUUGAUGGAGAACAUUCUCGGUGUUGAGACUUCUCCGACUGAAUGUCGCCUAGUGGCUUCUCGUAAGUGCUCUGCAUUGUAAUAGCCAAAUUACCGUUUUUGCUACCUAAAUGACUCGUGUCGAUUCGUAACAGAAAUAAUUUGAUAUCGGUACAUGGCGCCGUCAGCUUCGUAAUAAUGCGGGCAUCAGAUCUGUUGGUCUGCAUAUUGUGAAGCCUGUCCGUGGCUUUUUUCUUGCCUGGUAAAUUAAAUAUGGUAAACGACACCCUCCAUGCCCUGCGGCCCGGACAUUCCACCCAAUACCGUCAUCGGUGUGUGCCGCAGUACUGAGCUGCCUGUCGCCGUGGCUGGUGUGUUGUAGGACACUGCGGUGGAACACUCUGGAAUGCUGCAUGCGGCUGAUGGGUUGCCGCUGGGUGGCUAUGGACCAACGCGAAAGCUACGGGGUUGUCGUACCGCUGGGUGGCUAUGGACUAACGCGAAAGCUAAAAAGGUGGUUGUCAUUGCGGUUGUCGUGCCCCUGGGUGGAUAUGGACCAACGCGACAGCUACGGCGGUUGUGCCGCUGGGUGGCCAUGGACCAACGCGAAAGCUACGGUGGUUGUGGCGGUUGUCGUGGCCGCGGAGUGCUGGCAGGGCUCGAGUCACACGUCCCAGGGUGGAAUCCCGCGUAGGUGUACUGAUAUGUGAUGAUGCUUGGUGUAUUUUGAUACCAGUGCGAUGACUGAAUUCUGUCCCACUUUGUUUUCCUUGGAACUGCUGAGCAGAGUGCCGCCUCGCAACGCCGUUUGUUACCCCCUCCCCCCACUAUCUUGAGGGGCUGCUUCCCGCUGAGUUGUUUUCUCGAUUCCUCGAGUGUUGCGAGAUCUUGCGCGGUAGAGGGCUUUUAGCAGAGUUCUGCGGGCACAGAAAACGCGCCGAAACAAAGUCCUUUGCAUUAUCAGAUAGAGCAAGUACAACACAAUGCACAUACAAUACGAUUGGUCGCGAGCGCAAUCCUACACAUCCCUGUCAUGUGCUGGUGCGAAGCGAUUUGUACCCAUAUGAAACGUAAUACACCACUAUGUAAAUUGA